GGGACCGAGUCGUCACAUCGACUGAUUUUAUUCUUUUUCUUGCUUGCUUGAUUGCUUGGUUCAAAGUGACUGUGCAUAUUCGUCAAAAUGAAGGCCUACUGGUACGAUAACAAGCCGGGCGACCAGCGCGAACCCCACGAUGACGGUCGUCCCGUCGACGAAAAAUACCUCGCCUCCCUGGGUGUCUUCUACCGGUACUGCCCGACCAUCGAGGCUGUCGAUGCCCUGGCCGCCGAGCGCGGAUACAAGAACCGCGAUGAGGUCAUCGUCUCGCCCAAGACCAUGGGCGACGUCUACGAGGAGAAGGUGAAGAUGUUCUUCCAUGAGCAUCUGCAUGAGGAUGAGGAGAUCCGGUACAUCCGUGACGGUGAGGGAUACUUCGACGUACGUGGCCAGGAGGACGAGUGGGUGCGCAUCAAGUUGAAGAAGGAUGAUUUGAUUAUCCUCCCUGCUGGAAUCUAUCACCGCUUUACGACGGAUGAGAGUAACUACGUCAAGGCCAUGCGUCUGUUCCAGGAGGAGCCCAAGUGGACGCCUCUCAACCGCAGCACCGACCUCGAUGGUAACCCCCACCGGGUGUCGUAUCUCGGUACCCUGGGUAAGGCUGCUGUUGCUGCUGUCUAAAGGGGCGUGGGUCAGAUUGGUAUGUUGGCCGACGUGCAUGGUGGAGAGGUUCCUGUGCUCCCGCGCUGUCGAUGGCAUGUAAGCUUGAUGAUGAUGUUCUAUACCAUGAAUGAAAUUUACGACAUCUGUUCCAUUUCUGGAGAAUCUCAGAAGGUAAU